AUGUCUCGUCCACCACGUAGAGGCAAAGGAAUAAAGGACGAGAAUCAAGAAGACGAAUUGGCGCACGAGCCGUCUCGAAUUCUGUCUUCAGUGCUUAAGACGUUGGAUCUGACAUUCGAAAGAGAUAUUGGCCUGUUAAAUGGGAAACAUGUACGAUCAUUGCCGGGCUUACCACCGCUACAAAACCUACAGGGGCUGCUGAACAAGCUGGAGACAACUUUGGAGCGGAUUUCCGCCAGUGACCGGGCCACUAUCGCUACAAUCAAGGAAAUUUUGGAAAAUGCUCCUCAAGCAGCAGUUGCAGCAGCAACUGCUGCUGUACCUGGCGAAAAUUCACAGUUGGGUAGCUCGCGGCCACCAGAACCAGUCUCGGAAGCCGGUCAAAGUGACGACGAGACGGGUGUUGUCCCUGUGAGGCCCGCCACACGCAAGAGAUCUCUGAAAAUGGAAGACGAAGAUGAGGAGGAGGUGAUGAUUCGUCCGCCUGCCAAGAAAGCGACACCAGCAGCUCCACCCGCGGAACAAGGUGGCUCACCUGAAAAGAAAACUCAAUCGGAAAUUGACCGCAUCGAAAGCGACCCCUCAGUAAAAAACCCCAAAUCAGAGUUUGUAGGCUCCCAAACUCUUCCUGCAGCUGCCGUAACACUUGGCUUGUUCACAAAUGAAGGUCUCGAGAGCACUGGAGAAGAAUUUUUGAAGAAAAAGUAUGGGGUCUCAAGUUAUCCAGCCAGUGAUUUGAAAGAUCUAUUACCAGGAGAAAUUCCGGACAUGGACUUUUCGCGGCCCAAACCCGCUAACCAGAUUCAGUACACUACUUUCCUGACCUCUGUGGACAACUUUUUUAGGGAACUGAACGAGGAUGACAUAAAAUUUCUGAAAAACAGGUAUUUGGUGCCGCCCAAUGUCUCUGUAGAGAGAUCUUAUGAUCCUGAGGUAACACCAUAUGUUAUCCCAAAAUUGGGCCCAACUUAUAUUGAUGCAUGGGCUAAAGAAGAUAAUAAUCAGAACAUUGCUAACCUAUCACCGCCCCCUUUACAAGAUCCUUCCAGCAUUCUGCCGAAAAAAUCUAGUAGCGACUUAAAUGAUGAUGCUUUGGAGACCGACGAAAUAUCUUGCGGUCCUUUAGUCUCUAGACUGCUGUCUGCAAUCAUGAAAGAUGAGACCAAAGAUGAAAAUGAGCUGGAUUCCUUGGGUGACAACGAGUCUAAAACUCACACUCCUAGCCUGGGGAACUCUGCUUUGACACCUUCUAGCGAGAUAGACGAUGAGAAAUCGGCAAAGGGUCAGAGUUCAAAUUUUCUCCCGCAGCAGCAAGAAUGGAAAGCCAAUAGUGUUAAUCUUGAUUAUCCCACGUUUGAGGAGCGUUUGAAAAGAGAACUAAAGUAUGUUGGAAUCUAUAUGAAUUUACCAAAGGAUGAAGACAGCAAUUAUGGUGAAGACCCUGAUUGGCUUACCGGUAGGGAAGAUGAUGAGAUUAGUGCUGAACUACGUGAGUUACAGAGUGAAUUAAGGCAAGUUACCAAGAGGAAUAUAAAGAGAAAGUCGAUUCUUGUGCCUCUGGUAGAGCGGCGUUUGGCUUGGCAAGAGUAUGCCUCUAUCCUCGACGACCUAGACAAGCAAACUGAUCAGGCUUACGUGAAAAGAAUCCGAGCUCCAAAGAAUAAAAAGAAGAAACAGCAGGCUGUCGCUUCUGGCGCAAACUCCACCUCCCAAGCUGCAAUCCAGGCGGCACAUCAACAAGCAGCUAGCUCGAGUUUGAAAUCUCUGUUAGACAAGCGAAGAAGGUGGGUGUCUAAAAUCGGACCUUUGUUCGACAGACCAGAAGUAAUGAAAAGGAUGCCUAAGGAAAGUGUUUUUAGAGACUUAGAUCAGGAAGAAGACGACGACGAUGCUGAUGUUUUUGGGAGCAAUGGGAAUGGUAAAGAUGAUGAACUCACUGACAGUUUACAAAGUAAGGAUGAAUGA